GCGGUAGAAGGUGUUGGUAGGCAUUGCGAAAGAGGGAGGGACGUGCGAGAGAAAAGAGGAAGGGACGAAAGAAGGUCCUUUAAUAGUAGACGGAGCCGCGGUACGAUGACACAGCGCGAGUCUGCCAGCGGCAUCCAAACAGUUGUACCAUCGGGGAAGCACCAAUCUGAGAGGGGCUCGGCUUGA